AUGCUAGGUUUCAUUGAUUUGAGGCUGACAAAGUACCAAGUACCAAGGGCGCAGAGUUUUGUGUCGGUGGGGUCUCGAAGAUAUCUUGAGUGGUAUAACCUGGUGUAUGAAUCUACCACCGACCAGGUCGACUAUCAUGAAGACAUGACGGAGAAGGAUGAAGGACCAUUGGUGGAGGUAUUACGGUACAGUACUCCAUCUAGAAUACUUCAGCGGCCAAGGAUACUUGUUCCAGUAAGGACUAUGGCAUUCCAACUGAAGGUCGAUCGGGGAAGAACCCCAGGUCGAUCAGUCUGGGCCAAAGAUGUAAACCAAGGAUGGGCCAUCAUACCGGAGAUUGACCUUUCACCCACGAGUAUCAAGUUGGAAGAUAUACAGAUUCCUGACUCUGACGGAAACACGCCAGAGGAGGUGGACCGACUGAGACAAAUUUUAUGGAGAAGACGACAUCUACUCAUGGAAAAGGGCAACGCCUUACCGCUGGCCGCUCGAGAUGCUAUCUGUGACAUUGAUGUGGGUAAUGCCAGGCCAAUUGCACAACGUGUACGGAAGGUGGCCCCUCAGUUCAAAGAAAAGUUGGCCUAUCUGAUCUAG